UAGCAAGAAUAUGACGAGACAAUCUUACUAUAAAUAGUACUUGCAUCCGCACUAAGUUCUAAUCAUCUAAAAAUAUUGAGCGCGUUUUUUUCUUCCUUGAAUCACAGAUUCAGCUGCUCAGUCGAGCAAGAAAUCCGGGAAAAAUGGGGUCUCUUUCUCUCUCAUUUACCGACCCACAAGAUCAAGAAAUGAACAUGUCGCAGAAAUUAGACAAAACCCAUCUGCUCAACCUCUUCAAAUGCCAGCAGAAUUACCUCAACCAUUUCUUCCAGAAUCUCGAUCUCUCGCAAACCCUAGCAUUCACGGAGACCCUCCUGAAGGCCGAGGGCACCAUUUUCUUCUCCGGAGUCGGGAAAUCGGGCUUCGUGGCGCAGAAGAUCUCGCAGACGCUGGUGUCGCUCGGCAUCAAAUCCGGGUUCCUGUCGCCGGUCGACGCGCUCCACGGCGACAUCGGCAUUCUGUCGACGACGGAUUUGCUGGUAAUGUUCAGCAAGAGCGGGAAUUCGGAGGAGUUGUUGAAGCUGGUGCCAUGCGCGAAGGCGAAGGGGGUUUAUUUGAUCUCGGUGACGUCGGUGACGCCGAAUGGGCUCACGCGGCUGUGCGAUUUGAACGUGCAUUUGCCGCUGGAGCGCGAAUUGUGCCCCUUCGAUCUGGCGCCGGUGACGUCGACGGCGAUCCAGAUGGUUUUUGGUGAUACGGUGGCCAUCGCGCUUAUGGGGGCGAGGAAUUUGAGCAAGGACGAGUACGCGUCCAACCAUCCUGCUGGGAGGAUUGGGAAGAGCUUGAUUUUUAAGGUGAAGGAUGUUAUGAAGAAGAAAGACGAGCUUCCAGUGUGCAGGGAGCAAGAUCUAAUCAUGGAUCUGCUGGUAGAGCUGACCAGUAAAGGUUGUGGAUGCCUUCUCGUUAUAAAUGAUGAUUAUCAUCUGUUAGGUACUUUUACUGAUGGUGACUUGCGGCGCACAUUGAAAGCCAGUGGUGAGGGAAUCUUCAAGCUCACUGUGGGAGAGAUGUGUAACAGGAACCCAAGGACCAUUGGCGCAGAAGCCAUGGCAGUGGAAGCAAUGCAGAAGAUGGAGUCUCCACCAUCACCGGUGCAGUUUUUGCCCGUCGUAAAUGACGAAAACAUUGUGAUUGGUAUCGUCACAUUGCACGGGUUGGUCUCUGCUGGCCUGUGAUUCUUGCAGUUUGGCAUCACAUUCCUCAACUCCACCAUUUAUUACUUGUUAUUACAUUUAUUAUUCUUUGUAUUCUUUCCUAAUCCUGUGAUCGAGUUCCAUGCCGUCUCUGCAAAAUCCAUUUCUUGAAUGCUGAAGAGGUUCUCUACCUACUCUCAUCGCUUGGCAACGGUGACUGUACCAGUUGAAGCCUUGAUGCUUUGGAAUAAAGAUGCUGUAAUGUUUAGAUAUUUGCUAGUGUUGUAAUGUAUGACAUUGUCUCUAGGUGUUAGUAAAGUAGCAAAAGGGGUUUGGAAAAUGUAGUUAAAUGAAUGCUUCUGUGCUAUCAUUGUCCUUUUUAUUUUAUUGAUGUUCGUAAUUCCUAAA